AUGGAGUUCGGGAAUAUGGGCGGCAUGGCCUUGCAAAGGGAAGAACACUAUCCUGGCUAUGUAACCUCGAAGGGCGACGAGAUAGCCCAAGAAUCGAGCUCCAUUCGACCAGAAGAGUUUUAUGCCAGAUAUAUCAAAGCCAGGAGGCCAGUUGUUCUACGAGGAAUGUCCUCGCAAGAAGAAUGGGCUCGGAUGCAAAAACUGGCGGAUCUGUCAUAUUUGAGGCAGACUGCACGGUCGUCGACCGUCAAGAUCGAGCCCGUGAACCCCGCAACAGGGACAUUCGGCUCAAGCAUGCCGCGGCGCACUGUCCUUUUUCCUCGAUUCCUCGACAUCCUCUCGGACGAGACGCAGCGCGGCAAAUGGUAUCUCACUACACAAUACGAGGAAGAGGAUGCGAAGCCAGUGGAUCAGGAGUGGAACGCGGACAUGGAGAUCGUUGAUGAAACUCCUGUUGAACUCGAUCCUAUAUGUCCUCCCCCGACGGAUGCUCUCGUUGGCGAUUUCCCAAGGCGGCCGAAAAUUAUGGGCAAUCUCGUACUUCAACAGUCCAACUUAUGGAUCGGCAACUCGCCUGAAGGCUCGUCCUCUGGCCUCCAUCACGAUUUCCAUGACAACCUUUACAUUUUACUGCGAGGCCGCAAACGCUUCGUCCUCUAUCCUCCUUCUGCCUACCCGUAUUUGCACCUACGGGGGAAUAUAGAACGUCUGCACCCAAAUGGCCUUCUUUCAUACACCUUGCCUUCCGGCCCCACGAAGGUCUCCCUCACAUCGCCCUGUGGCGCAGCUACGCGAGCUGAUGGUCUCGAUCCACUCGACGCUGCGACAUGGCGUGUGCGAUAUUGGGACCGGAAGAUGCAGGAGAUGAAGGCAUCAGCCAAGGCCUCGACAGCAAAUGGACUAGGAAAGAGAGCGUCAUCGAAGGCGCUCGCGAAGCUGCAGGAGCGUUACGAGCGUGCAGUGGACGAUAUGAUGAUGCUGCAGCUUGAUGAGAUGGGCAGUGAAGGCGACGAGGAGAUGCUUGACGAAGAAGGGGCUUCAGGCGAAGAUGCUGAGGAGGAGAGUGACGAAGAUGCCGAGCCACUGUUCGGCAACCCCGACGCGGAGGAUUCAGACUUCGACGACGACUUCAGCAUGGGCGACGAUGCAGAAGAUAUCAUCAAGAAGCUUGGGGUAGAAGAAGAUAUAGAGGACGGCGAGGACCAGGAACCGCCGUCGUUCUCGCGCAUUGCGGCAUCUGCGCUCCACCGUCACCUUGGCUUAGCGACCAAUGAUACCUCCUCCAACGCGCAGUUCGGGAAGCAGUGGAAGAAAAAGAAGGAUAAGCACAAGGCCAAGCCCGAUCAUGCAGUUAACGAACUUCUUCCCUUGGCCGGCUGCCCUCCGCCUCUAGUGGUUAGCCUUGAGCCUGGAGACAUGCUGUAUCUGCCUACAAGCUGGUUCCACGAGGUAACGUCCUCGUCAGACGACAACGGAAGUACCCAUAUCGCUUUCAACUAUUGGUUUCACCCUCCGGACGGUUUUGUGGCCUCGUCGCCGUCGACGGAUACGGAAGAGUGGACGGGUAUUGACUGGGAACGUGGUAGCUUCGAGCGCCCCUAUCGAGACGGCGAAGUGUGGGAAGAGAUCGCCUUGGCUGUGGAGAGCAAGAUGGAUGAGUUGCUUGAGCAGCGACGCUCGAUGGACGGUAUGAAGCCCACAAACAAUGAGAAGAGAAAAGGGGAGGCAGAAAGGAAGAUACGGGCCGCUGCGCACGGCGAGAAGGGGAAACCGGGCGGUGAAAAGCUAUCAAAUGUCGGAACGAAGCAAAAGGCCUCUGGUAGCGGUGGGGAAGGUGGGCCAAUGAAGAAGAAGAGGACGGGCUAGGACGAUAUCCAUGACAUAUUGCUGCUGCUUUCAUCGC